AUGAGUAAACAAGGAAGCGAAAAGAAAAAAGAAAUAAAUUCUAAAGAUGACAAAAAAACAAAGAAGCAGACACCAACAACAAUAAAGACACGGAAGGAGGGUAAAAAGUCAAGGAACUUGGUAGAUGUGUUCAAUGAAUGCGCUAUGGAUAAUGCUUACCAUACGUGUCACAAUGUACAAGAUCUGCUGAAGUGCCGAGGUUUUCCAUGGCCACAGGCGCAAAAGAAGAAGAAAAAGAAAGGUGGCAAAAAAGGCAAAUGA